AUGGCGACAAUCGUGCCGACGCUCUUCUCGUUCGUCCGCGACACCUACAAGGACCGUUUCGACGUGGCCACGUUCGAAAAAGAGGUCGGACGCGACUUUGACAACCAGGAAAUCGCGCAGGCCAUCAACAAGUACGAGCAGGAGGCCAAGACCUUGAGAAAUGUGAGUGAGCUGGGUUUCUCCCGAUUUUGUAAAAUAAGAAUUUAUUUUUUAACAUUGCAGAAGGAUGAAAUCCGAAAAGUCAUCCAGUACAUCGACCUGACGACGCUGAACGGCGACGACACGGCGUCGAAAGUGGUGGCGGUGACGAAGCGGGCGAUAAAUCCGAUUCCGACGGACCCAUCAAUCCACUGCGGAUCCGUGUGCGUCUAUCCGCAACGCAUAAAGGACGUGAAGAAGUAUCUGAAAGAGUCGGGCCAAAGCACGCAAAUCACGGGCGUCGCCGGCGGAUUCCCCUCCGGACAGUACCACAUUCAGUCGAAGGUGCUUGAGGUGGAGCUCUCCGUCGCCGACGGAGCCACCGAAAUCGAUAUUGUCAUCAGCAGAGCGGCCGCUUUGGAAGAGGACUGGAAGACGGUUCAUGACGAGGUAAAUUAGGGAAAAAAAAUGCGACUAAAUUUGGCGAUGUUCAAAAUUUUCAGGUGCUCGCGUGCAAAAAAGCCUGCGGAUCGGCGCAUUUAAAGACGAUUCUGGCGACGGGCGAGCUGAAGACCCUUUCGAACGUCUACAAAGCGAGUUGGGCGUCGAUUCUCGCCGGCACCGACUUUAUCAAGACGUCGACGGGCAAGGAGACGGUGAACGCGACGCUCGAAGUGGCGUACGUGAUGUGCACGGCCGUGAAACGGUGGUUCGAACUGACCGGAAAAAGAGUCGGAUUCAAGCCGGCCGGAGGAAUCAAGACUGUCGACGAGGCACUCGCCUACGUCGCCCUCGUCAAAGAUGUACGUGUUGCACUCGAAGAUUUUGAUAGAGGGGGCCUGGUCCUUGAAAAAGUUGUCAAAAAAAAUAACACCUUUCCUCCUCCUAAUUCUCCACGUAAAAAUGACAAUAUUUGCAGAUUCUCGGAAACGAAUGGCUCAACCCGACGCUCUUCCGCAUCGGAGCCUCUUCGCUGCUCGACGAUUGCCUCAAGGCUCUCUAA